AUGGCAAUAACUGUAAAUAUCUGUAGUUCAGUGCCAGGAACCUUUGAAGAAAUCCAUAGUGGAAAUGCAGCAUUAAGCUUAUAUAUAUUCUUGUUUCCACUGUCCAAGUUCCAGUGGCUGGAUCAACGAAUGCAGGACAUUACUGGUGACAGAGGCGUGUUGAAGGAGGUUCUCCGUGCUGGUGCUGGUGAAACAGUUCCUCCUGAUGCAUCUGUAUUAGUGAAAUUUUCCGGGUACUUGGACCACAUGGAAAGACCCUUUGACACAAACUGCUUCAGGAAGAAUCCCAAACUCAUGAAGCUUGGUAAAGACAUUACUCUUCGUGGCAUGGAGAUAGGACUCUUGACAAUGAAGAGAGGAGAGCUGGCACGGUUUCUCUUCAGGCCAAGCUAUGCUUUUGGAGCUAUGGGCUGCCCUCCCCUGAUCCCGCCUGAUGCCACUGUCUUGUUUGAGGUUGAACUUUUGGACUUUCUGGACUCAGCAGACUCUGACCAAUUUUUUGACCUGACUCCUGAGCAACAGAGCAGAUGUCCACUACAGACAGUGCUGAAGGUAGCAGAAACGGAGCGAGAAUUUGGCAAUUUCCUCUUCUGCCAAAAGCACUACUUGGACGCCAAAGAAAGGUACAAGCGGGCCGCCUCCAUUUUGCGGCGUGUGAGUGCCAAGGAGACGGAGCAAGCUAGAGUUGAUGCUUCCAAGCUCCCAGUCUUUCUGAACUUGUCACUGGUCCACUUGAAGCUGGAGCACCCCACCCGAGCACUUGCCUAUGGAGAGAAGGCCCUGGCGCUGGACGAGAAGAAUGCCAAAGCUCUCUUUCGAUGCGGCCAGGCAUGCCUAUCUCUGACAGAGUAUGAGAGAGCCCGGGAUUUUCUGGUCAAGGCUCAGAAGGAGCAGCCUUUCAACAAUGAUAUUAACAAUGAGUUGAAAAAGCUGGCCAGAUGUUACAAAGAUUAUAUGGCGAAGGAGAAGCAGAUGUGCUCCAGGAUGUUUGCUCCCACUAGUCCUCCUCCUGGAGGAGUGGGCUUGAAGAAUCCAGCUGUGCAGAAGGAAAGGAACUGAUCUAUAAUGGAGGAAAGCCCACUUCACGACGGCCAUCCAUGGUGUCCUCGGAUUUGGAAGUCCUGCUUCAGUUGAAGCACUCUGAAUUAAGAAGAUUUUGUGCUGCUUUUAUAGAUAAGUAAGCACCACAUUUGUCUCGACGUUGCUCUGCUUGGGUCCUGUACAGAAGUUUCUGAUGAAAAGAAGAUAGUUCCUCAUCGCACUUCACUUGCUGUGAAGGGGCCUCCGUUAACCCAGCCCUAGUAACUCACUUUAUUUGGAGCCAGUAUUGUUUUCCUUUGCUAUCUGCAGGACCGGAGGUGGGAAGUAAGAUCCA